UUGCUUUGGACUCUGCUUUGGUUCAGAAGGGAGAGAAACAUGACAACUUCAUCCAUUCGGCGGCAGAUGAAAAACAUUGUGAACAAUUACUCCGAGGCCGAAAUAAAAGUCAGGGAGGCAACUUCCAAUGACCCCUGGGGCCCGUCCAGCUCCCUGAUGACCGAAAUCGCCGACCUGACGUACAACGUGGUCGCCUUCUCCGAAAUCAUGAGCAUGAUCUGGAAGCGCCUAAAUGACCAUGGCAAGAACUGGAGGCACGUUUACAAGGCCUUGACCCUGUUGGAUUACCUGAUUAAGACCGGGUCGGAGCGGGUGGCCCAGCAGUGCAAAGAGAACCUCUUCGCCGUCCAGACGCUAAAGGAUUUCCAGUACAUCGACCGAGACGGCAAGGACCAGGGCAUCAACGUGCGGGAGAAGUCCAAGCAGCUGGUCUCCCUCCUCAAGGACGACGAGCGUCUCAAGAUGGAGAGGGCCCAGGCCCUGAAAACCAAAGAGCGGAUGGCCCAGGUGGCCACCGGGCUCGGGAAUAACCAGAUCACCUUUGGCAGGGGCUCCAGCCAGCCCAACCUGUCCACCAGCUACUCGGAGCAAGAGUACGGCAAAUCCGGAGGCUCGCCGGCUUCUUAUCACGGGUCCACCUCGCCUCGAGUGUCUUCCGAAUUGGAGCAGGCUCGGCCGCAGACGAGCGGGGAGGAAGAACUCCAGCUACAGCUCGCCCUGGCGAUGAGCAGAGAGGUCGCAGAGCAGGAGGAACGUCUUCGGCGCGGUGACGAUCUGAGAUUGCAAAUGGCUUUGGAGGAAAGUCGCAGAGAUACAGUAAAAAUUCCCAAAAAGAAAGAGCACACAACUCUGUUGGAUCUCAUGGACGCCCUGCCCUCCGCGGCCCCAGCCCCCCCGAAAGCAGAACCCUGGGGACCCCCAACCGCGACAAACCAAACAGACCCCUGGGGGCCCCCUGCAGCCAGCAGCACCACCUCAGACCCCUGGCAAUCAUUUGGUGCCAAACCAGCUGCCUCUGUUGACCCCUGGGGGUCCCCUGCGGCCUUGCCUGCCCCCCAGCCCCUCUCAAAGAAUGUAGACCCCUGGGCUUCCUCGCAGCCGCCUUCUGGGGCAGCCAAAGCUGCUGCCGACCCCUGGGGACCCACCUCUGCAAACAAGCCCCUUUCCUCUUCCGGAAGCAAAUCCUAUGACCUCUUCAGCAAUUUGAACGGGACGGCUAAAGAUGACUUUUCCGACUUUGACAGCCUUCGGACAUCUAAUAAGCAAGCCGAUUCAGUUUCCAGCUUGUCGGCCCAGAACAGCGGUACGACUAGCCCUGAUCUCUUUGAGUCCCAGCCUUUGAACCUGGUGCCUGGGAAACAGAAUGCGGCACGGAAAACUCCGGAGUCUUUCUUGGGCCCCAACGCCGCCCUGGUCAACCUGGAUUCAUUGAUAUCGAAGCCGCCACAACCCGCCCCUUUGCUGAACCCGUUCUUGGCUCCAGGGACAGCUGCCGCAUCUGCUGCUGCUUCAAUCAACCCUUUCCAAGUGAACCAGCCUCAGCCUCUCACUCUCAAUCAGAUGCGGUCGAGCCCCGUGAUGGGCACCAGUCCGUCCUUCCACGCCGUGCCAGCCGUGGGCAUGGAGCCCGUGCCUCUCGCUGCCGUGGCGCCCGUGGCGGUGGGGGUGGCGCCCAUGCCCGCCAUGGGCGCGAUGGUGUCCCUUGCCAGGAUGGGCCCGGGGAUGAGCGUGGGACCUCUUCACAGUACUGGAAUCCCACCCUCCGCCUCGCAGCCUGCAAACACGACUAACCCUUUCCUCCUAUAAAAGCCCGGUGUGCGGAACUUGA